AUGGAGACCGUUGUGACCACUGAGCGCCUCACGCAUCUGCGCCGAUUGAUGCUGGACAACCAGAUCGAUGUGUACAUCGUGCCCUCCGAAGAUAGCCAUCAGUCUGAAUACAUCGCGCCGUGCGACGCCCGCCGAGAGUUCAUUUGCGGCUUUUCGGGCUCCGCAGGCACCGCCGUCAUCACCCUCAACAAGGCCGCUCUCGCCACCGACGGUCGCUACUUCAACCAGGCCGAGAAGCAGCUGGACAGCAACUGGGAGCUCCUGAAGCAGGGACUGCAGGAUGUUCCGACGUGGCAGGAAUGGACCGCCGAUCAGUCAGAAGGCGGCAAGACCGUUGGCGUUGACCCUCAGAUCAUCACUGCGUCCGAUGCACGUAAGCUCGCUGAUAAGAUUAAGAAGAAGGGUGGUGCCGACUUGAAGUCGGUCAGGGCGAAUCUCGUCGACAUUGUCUGGGGCAAGGCUAAGCCUGCGCGCCCGAACGAGAAGGUCCAGGUGCAGCCUUACGAAUUCUCCGGCAAGGAGUUCAGUGAGAAGUUGUCAGACAUACGCCAGGAGCUCAGCAAACGCAAGAGCGCCGGCUUCGUCGUCUCGAUGCUUGAUGAGAUCGCUUGGCUCUACAACUUGCGUGGAAAUGAUAUCCCAUAUAACCCCGUUUUCUUUUCCUACGCCGUGGUCACCCCGGAGGCGGCUACGCUCUAUGUUAAUUCUGACAAGCUUACCCCUGAAGUCAAGGCUCAUUUGGGAGAUUCUGUCGAAAUCAGGCCGUACGACUCCAUUUUUGGCGACAUUGAGGCAUUGAGCCAGAGUGCCGCCGCCAAUGGCGAAGAUUCCGAAACUCCGGCCCAGAAGUACCUGAUCUCUAACAGGGCAUCAUGGGCGCUUGUGCAGAGCCUUGGCGGCGACAAGAAGGUCGAUGAAGUUCGUAGCCCCAUUGCUGAUUCCAAGGCAGUCAAGAACAAGGCUGAGCUGGACGGCAUGAGGGCAUGCCACAUCCGAGACGGAGCAGCUCUGAUUGAGUACUUCGCAUGGCUCGAGGAUCAGCUCAUUGCCAAGGGCGCGAAGCUCGACGAAGUCCAGGCUGCGGAUAAGCUCGAGGCCAUCAGAUCGAAACACGAGAGGUUCGUUGGCUUGUCGUUCGAUACCAUUUCUUCUACCGGACCGAACGCAGCCGUCAUCCACUACAAGCCUGAGCCAGGUAACUGCUCGGUGAUCGACCCGAAAGCAGUCUACCUGUGCGAUUCUGGCGCACAAUAUCGCGAUGGCACCACGGACACGACGCGUACGCUCCAUUUCGGUGAGCCCACGGCGAUGGAGAAGAAGGCCUACACCCUUGUACUCAAGGGAAAUGUUGCCCUUGAGAGGGCGAGAUUCCCCAAGGGCACAAGCGGCUUCGCUCUCGACACCCUCGCCCGCCAAUUCCUAUGGGCAGAGGGUCUAGACUACCGCCACGGUACCGGCCACGGCGUCGGUUCUUUCUUGAACGUUCACGAGGGCCCCAUUGGAAUUGGCACCCGCGUGCAGUACUCGGAGGUUCCACUUGCCGUCGGAAACGUCAUCUCGGAUGAGCCAGGCUACUACGAGGACGGCAACUUCGGCAUUCGGAUAGAGAAUGUCAUCGUGGUUACGGAGGUCGACACGCCGCACAAGUUCGGCGACAAGCCAUACCUGGGCUUCGAGCACGUCACUAUGGUCCCUAUGUGCCGCAAGCUUAUCGAUGAGUCGCUCCUCUCGCCGGCUGAGAAGAAGUGGCUCAAUGACUACCAUGCCGAGGUCCGCGAGAAGACGGGCCCGUACUUUAAAGACGAUGCGCUCACAACGAAGUGGCUGGAGAGAGAGACGCAGCCCUACUAG